AUGAACAAUAAUAGUAAUAUUUUUAGACCACCUUCAUGUCAUAAGGUGUAAACUCCCUAAUUUGCCAAAGAAUAGUAACAACCUAAAAAUGCGAAAGGAAAUAAUAGACAAGUUUUUAGAAGUAUUCAAUUUAUACUAAUAAUAAUAGUCUAGACAUUUAAAUUAAGUCCAAACUUCAAGAAUAAUCUAAGUUAAAUGCCUUCAAACUAAGAUAGUAAUUGAUUAGUUCAUUUUAGCAUUGGAGUAACGACUAGCCGAUCAAACUUCAGAAAUAAAAUUACUUUAAAAUCAAAUAGCAGAGUUAAAGAAGUAAAAUGAGUUAUUGGAGUAAAGAUUGAGGAAGGCGAAUUCGGUAAUUCUUAAAUUAAUUUUAGACUGUUUCUGAUUAUUGGAUAAAAGUUAAAGAUACAUAAACCAAACUUCAACAGGUUUCAAACAAAUUUAAAAGCAGCAGAGACAAGAAAAAGAUGUAUAAGAGAAGAAUAAUAGAUGCUUUGAAUUAUUUUUAUGGUCGAUACACAGAUGCCUAAUGUAUAUGAAAUUAUGAAAAUAGAAUAGAAUGCUCCAUUUUUAUAAUUGGAAGAACUAAGAUAAAUAUUACUACAAUUAGGAAUGCAUGAAUCUAUCGUCUAAGAAAUGCAAUAUUUAAAUCAAUAAGCUCAAAAUUAAUCGAAUGUAAAUAUUGACAAUAUGACAUACGAAUAAAUCUUGAAUCUUUAAGAGAGAAUCGGGUAAUUGUAUACUCACUAUUAUUAUAAGAAAUCAAAAUGUUGGAUUAUCGAAAGAAGUAAUUAAAGAGAUUCCUAAAAGAACAAAAUAAGAAAAUGACAACGUUGAAGAAAUGUACAUUAUUAAUUCUAUAUACGAAUAGUUGCACUAUUUGUUAUGAUCAAAUCUUAACUGGUAAUGUAUAUAGAUAACUUCCAUGCAAUCACAUAUAUCAUUCAAAGUGUAUAAAAGCAUGGCUCUUAAAUCACAAAAAAUGUCCAGUCUGUAAUAUAGAAGUGAUUCUUUGUUCGGAUCAGCAUGAUGACCACAAUCACUAAUAACCACAAUGA